AUGAGCAAUCAGAAUCCUUUGCCUUGGUCUGACCAAGGUCUGAUUCUUCGUCUACAACACGUCAUCGAUACCCGAGAUGCUAUCUUGGACUGCUCCAGUGCGAUGCUGCAGAGAGGGGACAACACAAAGCGCUGUGUGUACUUGUGGGGAGAGCAGUUCAUGAAGUACCUCAACGAAGGCCGAGUUGAACGAGAUCUUGCACUUCUGCAUGUUGUCAAUGACAUCCUGUUCUGUCCGAGCAGCGGGUACAGGUGGGUAGAGGACUUCGGGCCAGUCCUGUGUGAAGUAAUGCCGAUGGCUAUUCAUUGUGCAAAGAGAAAGGGAGAAGCAGAGAUCUGUCGGAAGAUACAGCGUCUUCCUCGCAUCUGGCUUGAGAGGCAAGCUCUCACUGUUGACGUGGCCCAAGAGCUUAUCAAGAGAUGCAACUUGGCUGUUGAACAAGAGCCGAGUCAGUCAAGGCGGGACCCCCCAGCUUCACAUUCCGGUCUGGCGAAUCAAGACAAUGCGUCGAGCUUCACAGCCUCUCAUCAGCAGCCGAACGCCCUUCCUGCUCCUGCCUUGAAUCCCAAAGAUAUCGAUGAGAGCAUCAUGUUUGCUCACCAUAUCAAGAAGUGCGUUUUGGAGAAGAAGCUUCAAAUCUUUGAAGACAACAACUUGGAGGAGCAAAACCGGCUCAGGCAAUGGCAGGAGACGCAGCUCAGGAUGGCAAAGAACCAGUAUGAGAUGCUGGUCAUGCAUGAGCAGCACAAGCAGCAGAUGGCAGAACUCAAGUCGAAGCACGAGAGUCGGGCGGCGGAGCUCAGAGUCGCGUGGGUACAAGAGCUGCAGCAGUGGAGAAAUACCGUAGAGACAUUCGACAAGAUCCUGCGAAACGAUCCUCCAGAUCCUGAAUGGCUUGCAGACUUGUUGCAAAACUGCCGGGCUGCCCAGCAGUGCGACAAGACGGCUGAAGACAUGGAGCGGCUGAUCUCGCAGAUCGUAGAGGAUAAGCAGCACCAUCUUGACAUCAAACCUCCUGCGGAGAGUUUGAAUGCGACGAGAGCCGAUCAUGAAGCUAGCAACUCGCCACUACAGAGACCUCCUCAAAGUCUUCCAGCCAGGCAACAGACUGUGAACCCUCCUGCUAUCCAUACCGAGCCAGCCGCUCGCUGGAUGCCACCGUCUGCACAAGUCGCCCCUCCAGUGGACCAAGUGAAUCGGAAUAGAACAUACAACAACCAGUUGCCAACAAGGAGUGUAGAAGAUAAGCAAAUAAGGAAUAAUAUCGUAACUUGCCGGGUGUUCCAGUGUAGCCGGUGCCCCUCGGUCUUCUUUGUUACGGGUGCGAUCAAGACUUUCUACCCGGAUAGGAUUUAUCAUCAUUACGAGAAUGGACAAGAGGCGAAGAGUGCUCUUGAAGAUCACAUGAAGGAAGUUCACUCCCCAGAGAAAGAAAGGUCGAAAGAUCACGGUGCUACAAGAAAGCCAAGGGAUGAUGUCAUCGUGGUGAAGAAAGAACCGAAGGAACCAGUGAAUGCUUCCCAGCCUUCCGAUGAGAAGGAUUUCUAUCCUUUCAAUGCCAACAAGCGAAUGGAGUCUGAAAAUUACGUGCUCAAGAAUGGGCCUAGAGGAUAUGGGUACUACAAGAUUGUAGAGCAGCACGUGAAAGCUCAUCAUAACCACGAAGAAAUCACAAAGACAAGGGGAGGGGAUGAGGGCGAAUCAACUUCUCGAUCUUCAACCUCAACACUCGCUUCGAAGAGCAACGCAGGAGGAACGAUUGCGCAGAUCAUACAGCAGAGGAUGAAAAGGAAGCAAGAGGAAGAGCGAGCGAAGAAAGAGAAGGCACGAUGGCCCGAUGAUGAGGCCGAACAACGGUUGAGGAUGGAGCGGGAAGAGGAGAUGAGAAGAAGAGACAUCGAGGAGAUGAAACUGCGAGCAGAGUUGCAGAGGAUGAAGGAGCAACUGAUUGUUGAGCGAGCUAAGUUGAAGAGUGAAAGGGAGAAGGUAUCGGAGGAAUCGCAACGAGAGGUAAAUGCGGCAGAACCCCAGCAGUCGUCCAACUCUACCACUCCUCAUCGGGACCCUGUGGACCAUGCGCCAUCGAACACUCAGGGUGCUAACGGCAGGACAGCAAGUGAGGAGAAGCGUGUUGAAGCUCAGCAAGGAGUUUCUCAGCCUGAGAAGGGAGAAAUAAACGGCGAUGGUCAGGGGAGAAGGCAUCUUCAGGUUUCAAGGGGGCGAGUGAAGGACCCAAGACAAGAAGUCAGAGAUCCGAGACAGAUGGCAAAGGGACAGACUGGCAACACAAGUAAUGAGACUUCUCCAAGUCUUGUGCCGGGGAACGAAGAUGCUUGCAAUGGGGUCCAGAAUCAUGUCAGAGACACUGAAAGAGCGAGUCAAAGGAGUGUCGGGAAAUCAGAACAGCCUUCAAAUUCUUCGGAUGUGUCUGAUAUUGCAAGUGUGGUCCCUAAGGAUUUUCUCGGACAUGUAGAGGAGAAGAGCCGGAAGGUCGAAGAUCCUGAUGAGACUACACAGGAGGACGGAGAGAUUCUUGAUAGGAGCACAGCAGCUGCAUGCAACGAGGGAGCAGGAGCAGGAGCAGGAGGGGAGGGGAGGGGAGAGGGUUUGGUCCUAGAUCUCAUGAAGAGAGUGGGUUGUGAUGAAGAAACUGCUCGAGCAGCGCUGUGUGCAGCAACAGACGACGUGGCAGCGGCGGAGGAACUGAUUGUAGAGUCGCGAAAGAUGGAGGAACAAUUCCUGACACAGCAGCAUAAAGGACCUCGACCCAAGUUGCGAUCGUCAGUGCAAGGGAGGGGACAUGCUUCCUCCCGUGCCGGCGGGUCCCACAAAGAGCCCGACGAAAAUACGAAGGAGGAGGCGACUUCGUGUGUGAGCAGCGAGUACAGCUCGGAGAGUGAGAGGGAGGAGGGCAGAGACGAGGGGAGCAAGGAGAGGGUCAAGGAAACUCUCGAAGGCGAACUCCAGCUUCCUCUUUGCUACUCCAAUCUCAAGGUGAUCGCGUUGGGGCAGCUGCCAUUGAACCCUGCCGGGUAUUACCAGGGGAACAUAGUGACCCCGGUGGGCUACGAAGCCCAUCGUCUCUACUAUGACGUGGCGGAUUCUAACGAGCAGACGGAAUAUUGUUGUGUUAUCCGUGAGGGCCCAAGGUUCCAGCUCUACAAGAUGAAUGACAAGAUGGUUUCGUUCUCUGGAAGCAACCCGGAUGAUCCUUGGCGGCAGCUGGUGGUGGAGUUGAACAAGAAGUUUGAUCUGGGACUGAACGAUCGGCUGUGUGGCUUCACCAUGUUCGGGCUGAAGCACUUGAAAGUUGCUGAGAUGAUCAAGUCGCUGUCAGGAUAUGAGAACUACGUGAAGUUUCUCCUCAAGGGUAACAAGCCGAGCAGAGGCGAUAGGGUGAGGAAGAAGGACAAGAAGAAGGAGAAGCGGAAGGGGAAGAAGCAGGAGGUGAAAGUGUCGCUGGAUGAUUUCUCGAGGCAGGAGGUGCGAGCAGGACAGGCGCUGCUGGAGCUCUUCGACUACUACAGCAUGGCACAGGAGCAGCUUGACACGGUCGACUCUUCGACUGAAGUAGCUCGCAAGCUUGUAGAGCAGGAGAUCCGAACGAGCAACGCUCCUCGGCUUGAGGUUGGCAUGCGAGUGCGGGCCAAGUGGAAAGCUCGCCGUGGGCUGCAGGGCUGGUACCAGGGGACCAUCGUGAAGAUCGCGAAUGACGGGAAAGUUGACGUGGACUACGAUGAUGGUGACUUUGAGCACGGAGUGUUGCCCAUCCAUGUGAAGAUACUGAAGAAUGCUAAGAAGAGGAAGGGAGGCGGGUCAGAAAAUGAAACGUUGCAGCCAAGCAAGAGCACGGGGGAAGAAAAGACCGUGAAGAAGGCGAAAACGAGAGAUCAGGAGCUGUCGAAGAUCAAGUCUGAGCAAGACAAGGAGAUUAUUCAACUGGAUAGAUUACAAGGCAUCAGGACAUGCCAGCUGAUUCUUAAGGAUCUGAUGCAGAAGGAAUGUGCUGCUCCUUUUCUCUAUCCUGAUCAAAAACUUCUCCGCUCCUUGAUUGGAAGCUUCAUGAUCCUCACUUUGCAUAGAAUUCGCCAUGAUUUGGAGGCAAAUAUUUCCGUUAUUGCACACAUCACUAUUAUGACAAGAUUGUUGUUCAAUGUUGACUAUUCUCCAUUGUUUGUGCCUCCUUUGCUCUCAGAUGUUUCCAUUGUCACUAUUCUCACGUUCGUUUCCAACAGCUUCGGCAUGUCUGUGGAGUUGGCUCGGUCGAAAAGUCUGACAGACAUCACUACGAUCAACAAGAAGAUCGACCAGACUCUCAACUCAACGAGGCGAGCCUACAAGAAUCCAUCACAGAUUCGCGAAGAUUUCAUACGAGUACUGAGAUAUUUCUGUUUGUUCUAUGGAGAAGCUAGCGCGAUUGCUAAGCAAGCCACUGAAUUGCUUGGAGAGUUCCAACGCUGCUACUUCUCUCAGAUUGGGGUGCUGGAUCAUCUUGGGGUAAAAGUCUUCGAGCACGGAGAGCACUGGCUCGGUCAGAGGCUCCGACGAUUCUUUGAAGAGGAGAAGAUUUGGAGGGAAUGCGUGAUUGACGACUAUGAUGGCAAAUCGUCUUAUCACGUUCUCUUCUGCAAGGAAGAGACAGAGGAUUGGAUAGUUCUGCCAUCGUUCGAUGUCCAGCUGAUCCCUCCCAAGUUUCAGAGUCCAGCUGAGCUGCUACCCAUCCGAGCUGGGAACCAUGUCCUCUGUGAGGACAAGGCUGGAGGACACGAGGGAAUUUUCUUCCAUGCGGAGGUGGAGGAGUACAACGCGGAGGAGGGAAGGGCCUUGGUUCACUUCAACAGUUGGCCGAGGAGGUUCGAUCAGUGGAUCGACAUGGAGACAUCGCGCGUGUUCCUUGUGGACGCCGACUGUCACUCGCAGUAUGCGAACGGCCGGGUGAUGUGCACGGAUGAAGACACCCCGAGAUCGAUCUCUAAGAGCUUCGGCGUCGACGUUGACAAGCUGCUGCUGGUCAACAAGAUGGACUACCCGGAGAUCCAGAAAGCUUCUCGCUUCAAGCGCGGCGCCAUGCUCCUCCUGCCUAUGCAGCCCUUCGUUUUCGAGAGGAUGCAAGAGGCUCGGAACGAAGCAGGGGAGCAGGAGAGCCGCUCCAGCUCGCCGCAGUUGCUGGACGUCAUCCUAGAGCACCAUGGCGACAUGUUUGCCCAGGACAUGCAGCCCAGGAACAGGCGGCCGCUGGAUUGGAGCUACGGGGAGGUGGCACUGAUGCGGGGAGCGAGCCCGGAGCUGCUGGGGUCGACAGUGGGGGUGAACUGCGUGGACGCGCGAUACCUGGGGGUGGUGAUGGCAUACAACGGUGACAGCGGAGAGUACAUGAUCCAGAUCGAUGGUAGCGCAGACAAUGGUGGUAUCGGAGACUGCAUGAUGGGAGCGAGCAUGGUAGUUGUUCUCCCCAACCCCGAUGUGAUUGUGCUUCAAACCUUAUCCAAGACAAGCCUUGAGGAAGCUGAGAAGGAGCUAGAGGCAAGAGCCGAGGAUGCGUCUCUGGAGGAGGAAGCAGCGGCUGCGAACGGAAUGGAGGCGAUGGAGAACAAGGUGGAAGAGAUUGUCGAGGAUGCUGCUCGCACGAGACAGGCAGAGGACAUCGCUGUGGGACAGAAGCUGAAGAGACAGUAUGACGGGGUGAUAGGAACGGUGACAACAAGGGUGCCAGGAAGCGACAUCGUCUUGAUCGAGUGGGAGGAUGGCGACUGCGAAGACAUUCACAUAAGCGACAUGGAAAGGCUCUGUAUACACUUGGAGUCUGAUAAUUAA